GUCGAAUUACACCAUUUGCCGUGCAUUAGUUUGUUUUUCUCCCUGCCAGGAGAAGUUGAUUCACGGCGACGCGCGGCACUAUUUCUUUUGGAUUACAGCAAAGGAUAAGGAUACAAAAUAAUCAUUUCAGAUGAGGUAACACCUCCACCAGUGUGAAGCAGGAAGUGUUGUCUGUGAGCAGCCAUGGGCCAGAGAGCUGCGCUACUGCUCAGUGAGCUUCUGCUACUGUUGCUGACAGCAUCGCGCACUCUCCUCGCAGUCAGCUUCCCAGAGGACGUGGCGCCCCUCGAUGUCGUUGACGCACAUUUUUCCCGGAGGUACCCCGUGUUCAGAGGCAGGCCCUCUGCGAACGAGUCCCAGCAUCGCCUUGACUUUCAGCUGAUGACCAAGAUACAGGACACUCUGUUCAUUGCUGGCAGAGAUCAGGUGUACCUAGUCAGUCUGAGAGAAUCCUACAGAAAUGAGAUCAUUCCUUACCGGAAGUUAACAUGGCGGUCGGGCCAAGAUGACAGAGAUAUGUGCGCUGUGAAAGGAAAACACAGAGACGAGUGCCACAACUUCAUCAAAGUGUUGGUUCCCAGAAAUGACGACCUGGUCUUUAUCUGUGGCACGAACGGCUUUAACCCCAUGUGCAGAUACUACAGGCUGGAUAACCUCGAGUUUGACGGCGAAGAGAUCAAUGGUCUGGCACGGUGCCCAUUUGACUCCAAGCAAACCAACGUUGCUCUCUUUGCUGAAGGAAAGUUGUAUUCUGCCACUGUGGCCGACUUCCAAGCCAGCGAUUCUGUAAUCUAUCGCAGUAUGGGUGAUGGAUCAGCACUGAGGACCAUCAAAUACGACUCCAAAUGGUUAAAAGAACCUCAUUUCCUGCAUGCAGCCGAGUAUGGGAACUAUGUGUAUUUCUUCUACCGAGAGAUUGCAGUGGAGCACAGCAAUUUGGGGAAGGUUGUGUAUUCCAGAGUGGCUCGGAUCUGUAAAAAUGACGUGGGAGGGUCACAGCGGGUGCUGGAGAAGCACUGGACGUCCUUCGUGAAGGCGAGGCUGAACUGUUCAGUGCCAGGGGAGUCCUUCUUCUACUUUGACGUCCUCCAGUCCAUCACUGACAUCAUCGACAUUAACGGGGUUCCCUCGGUGGUCGGGGUUUUCACCACACAGAUGAACAGCAUCCCAGGCUCAGCUGUGUGUGCCUUCUCCAUGGCGGACAUAGAGAAAGUGUUCUGGGGCCGCUUCAAAGAACAGAAGACCCCAGAUUCUGUGUGGACUCCGUUUCCUGAAGAAAAACUACCCAAACCCAGACCGGGGAGCUGUGCAGGUCAUGGUCCAGCUGCGUCCUUUAAAAACUCCAUCGAGUUCCCGGAUGAAACCCUGCAGUUCAUCAAGUCCCACCCCCUCAUGGACACAGCAGUGCCUUCUACUGGGGAUGAACCUUGGUUCACCAAGACACGUGUCCGGUACAGACUAACGGCACUGGCUGUGGACAAUGAAGCUGGACCUCACAAGAACUACACUGUGGUGUUUAUCGGCGCUGAGUCAGGGGUCAUCCUCAAGGUUUUGGCUAAGACUUCCCCCAUGCUCUUGAAUGACAGCCUGCUCCUGGAGGAGAUAGAUGUCUUCAAUAAGGCCAAGUGUCUUUCUAACCAUGAGGACGACAAGCGUGUCCUCUCGCUGCACGUGGACAAAGACGCGCACAGCCUUUAUGUCGCCUUUUCCAGUUGUGUAAUCCGCAUUCCGCUGAGUCGCUGCGAAAGACAUUCUUCCUGCCACAAGUCUUGCAUUGCAUCAAGGGAUCCUUACUGUGGCUGGAGGUCUCACGGUGCUUGUGAGAAGAUACAGCCGGGUGUUCUAACUGGAUAUGAGCAAGACGUUGAAUUAGGAAACACAGCCCAUCUUGGAGACUGCCAUGCUUUUUUGGGCAGUACUUCAGUGCCAGAUUUCAAACCAUUUGGCGACCCUACCUCUGACAUGGAGUUGUCAUCAGCGCCAGUCACUCCCCAGCCCAGUGGGCCCAUACACCCCCCAGUACUCAUAUCCACUCACAGCCCAGGUGCUGAGCCUGGUCCAGAGCUCUACGGCUCAGGCUUUGCACAGGAGGAUGACCCAACCACCUCCAAUUCUUUAAAAUCUUUCCCAGGGGUGCCAGAGGGCGUGGCGGCGACUAACCAAUGGAGCGAUACCAACCAGAUGGUUCACAUGAACAUCCUCAUCACCUGCGUCUUUGCCGCUUUUCUUAUGGGAGCUCUCCUGGCGGGUUUGAUUGUGUUCUGCUACCGGGACUCAUUUCUACGCAAACCAAGACGCGUGCACAAGGACGCCGAGUCCGAGGCACCAUCUUGCUCUGAUUCUGCUGGGAGUUUUGUCAAGCUCAAUGGCCUUUUUGACAGCCCUGUAAAGGAGUACCAAACAAACAUGGAUUCUCCUAAACUGUACACCAACCUGUUGAGUAAUGGCAAAGACUUGAAUACAUCCAAUGGUGACACCAAGACUAUGAUCCUACGGGAUGGAUGUCAGCCACCAGAACUUGCUGCUCUACCCACACCAGAGUCCACACCUGUGCUCCAGCAGAAAGGCCUACAGCCUAUCAAGAACCAGUGGGAGAGGGCCCAUGGGAAGGUCAGCGGGUCCCACAAGGAGUCAAAUUCAUCGGCCAAGAGUCCACAGUUCCUUCUCUCUUCUCCCUCCCCUGCCAACCCCCACCACUCUCACCUUGGCUUGGGACAUUCCCAUAUUCCCAGUGCAGUUGUCUUGCCCAAUGCCACCCAUGACCAUCAGAACACUGACAAUGAGGAUGAACCUCUGCCUCAUUCUUCUGAAAAGAAGUUGAAAAAUAUAGACUCUAAAGGGGGCAGAAGAGACCAGAAGAGGUCUGUGGAUGCCAGAAACACUUUAAAUGACCUUUUAAAACACCUCAAUGACUCUGUGGCCAAUCCCAAGGCCAUUUUCCAGGAGGGGUCAGGGCCCCAUCCAAGGCCACAACUCACACUGGAGCCCAUGGAGGAACUGACUGAAAUGCCUCCCAAGGUGCCCAGUCGUGAGGCUUCCUUGUACUCUCCCUCCUCCUCCUUGCCAAGGCACAGCCCUACAAAGAGGGUCGAUGUGCCCAUGCCCACGACUCCCACCACACCAACGGGAAGUCUGAGCAUGGGGGGCACAUUGGAGAGACAAAGAGGUGGUUAUCAACUCCAUAGGAGUGCCUCUCACAGGCAUUCCUUAUCCACCUCACCAAAUGUGACCAUGGGGGUGUCUGUAUCUCGCCAACACAGUAUGAACAGAGGAGGUUACAUGCCCCCGACGCCCCCAUCAAGACUUGAUUCUCAUGGUGCAGUAGUAGCAUCGGGAAUGCACUCACCCCACCCUUCUUCUUUGUCACGGCAGAGCAGCUACAGUGGUCAUGACUCCCUCCCCCGCACAGGGGUUAAACGGACCCCUUCAAUAAAGCCAGACGUACCCCCAAAACCAAAUGGAUUUUCUCCACAGACUCCACAAAUGCGAGUGGUCAACAAGUACAGCUAUUAAAUGGACCGUGGACAUUUUUAAGUGAGAGAGUUGAGUUUUUGGUAGAGCCUUGCACCAUGACGGCUUGAGGGGUAUGGAUGAGACCUGGCCUAGUGUGUGUUUGUGUAUCAACUUGAGGUGUGUUAACCCUUUAAAUUAUAUGCACAUUCACUAACACGGAUAAAGGGAAAACCAUGUGUGGCCAAAGAUUCUCACUGGGGCUGUCUCCUCAAACUCAUCUGCCUCUUUGGGCUCGCAAGCAUUGGUGAACAAACAGUCAGUAGAGGUGGAUCUACUGCCUUUUACUGUAUCUGGGUUUGGGUCACACCCAUCUCCCCAAAGGGUACAACGUUUAGGAUACCAGCAAGCUGCUAUGACAGUUUGGUACCACUUUUAGAAAACGUGGAAUACUUGAAAAAUGGGUCUGAGGUAUUGCUGCCCUUCAGCACUGUCUUCCCACUAAUGUGAAUUCAACAGAAUAUAAAGGUAGGCAAUACCUUUUGGUAGUGAGGUGGCAGAGGAACAACAACAACAACAACAUCAACAAUCACGUGUGUUGCUUUAGAUAUAUGACCAUAAACUGCUUAACUACGCAGUAAGUAAAACGGAAAAGAAUGCAAAUACAAGUGUUUGAAUGUGUGCUGGCUAACUGGAAUCCAGAUUUUUGUAAGAGCAGUUCACAUGUUAGGCCUUCAAGAGUGGUGCCACAUGUCAGAUGAAGCACCUUAAGAACUGUUGAAGACCUAAGGCACUGUCUUUCAUUUCAAUAACUGUCUGUGUGUUCGUUGAAACUAAUCUGAAACAAGCAUAAGUCUUAUGUUGCUGUCACCCUAACAGGAGUUAGGGUUUACCCUGUAGGUUGGGCUGUAAUUAAGUUGGAUUUGUAAACUGCACUAAACAGGGACAAGAAAACACACUAGAAAAUUUAACUUUGCAUUUGCUGCUAAAAAUUUCAGACACAUUUGUCUUUGUUUUUCCCCCUCAACAGGGCUUGUACACCUAAGAAGACUGUGUGCAUCUUCAAUAUUUGAAACAGAUUAUAAGUGCUGAUUUAUAUAUUGAAAAAACUAAAUGCAGCAUUCAUUUUUUUUUCCAAGACUUUAAUUUCUCCCAUAAUGUCUUAGAAUUUCAAAGCAGCAUUGGUAUCAAAACAACAUUUUUUUGCUUUAAUCUCUUAUAAACUAUUAUUGAAGUAUUUUGGCAGGUGAAUGGGCAUUUUUACAUCCGCAUUUCUGGUCCAUGGAUCUUUUGUCACCUAACAUACCAAUCUGACCCACGAUUACAUAAUACAUGUCUAGCAUCAUUGUCAUUUGCUCUACUGGUUCUGCAGCCUGUGUUCCCUUUCCAGCUUCACAACAAAUGACCUGUGUACAAUCAGCACAACAUUUACCAAUGUGUCCAAAUGAGUCAUGCUGGAAAUGACGACAUCCUGUACAUACUUAAAUACUAUAAAUAAGGAGUAUAAAUAUUUUUAGGCAAAUGAACCUAAAUCUGUGCUUUGUGUGCCUUACAAAAUUAAGUAUUACAGUAGAUGAUUUUGGCAAUGUCAACUGGUCCUCCGUAAGUUGUUUUCAUGUAAGCUACAAACAGUUGUUCACAAAAUUUAGCAGAAAGUGUGUUUGAAAAGAGUCAUUCCCUUUUCAUCUUCGAAAAAACAGUUUCAAAGAUUGGAAUUUAGGUAAAUAUUUCUCUUUCAAAUGCCCGUUUUGAAAGGAAAUGUCUCCACCGCGUAGUGGUGCCCUGCAGUGAAUGUAUUUUUAUGACCAUAGGAUGUAGGGUGGUCAGACCUUGCACUGUGGAUUAGUCGGCUCAAUGCAGCACAUCUUAUACAGCAAAUGUAUUAACAUAAUAUUUCUCAUGAAAAGUUGACUUGGCAUGGCUGAGAGAGCUGCAGAAUCCUAGUUUUCCUGGAAUUGCAGCAAAGGAAUCAAGUCUUUUGGUCAGAAGGGACAAAAAGAGGGAUUAUUUUCGUAGCAGUGGGUAGACGGUUUGGGUUACUCCUGUAGUUCUACUUCAUCGUCAGUUGCCUGUUUAGCCCAAAGCCACAUUUUGUUUACAACCAGUGAUUGUAUGUAAAGACUUUCUGCCUGUCAUCUGAUCUAAACCCCAGCUUUCUUUUUUUAUUUUUUAACUCAAGCACACAAACAUACACUCCACACACACUGCUCAACUGCCUUGUACAAUGCAAUAUGACCUGGGUUUUUCUGUUGCAAUCUAAAGCCUUUAUUUCAGUAAGACCUCAAUGUAUGUGCAAAUGAACCAUUUUUGUCAUGUAACUUUGAUUUGAUUACUGUGCGACAUGGUUAUGCGCUGCCAGCUGUAUAUUUGAUCUCCGGAGUAUUUGAGCGUGUAGAUAUGUUGUAAAGUUGUACUGUGAAUGUGUAAAUAGUGUUUUCUUUCUUUUUCAUACUUUUGAAUUUUUUUUAACACGGCAUGUAUAGUUAAAAUAAAACAUUACUGCACAGAGUGGCAUUGGUAUAUUUAUUUUUUGUUCAUGUUUGAUAAAUCAUGUGGCUUUUGUCGUGUCGGA